CAAGGCUUCCUUAUUGCCAUCACCAGUCCCGUCCAUCUCAUGACCAUAUAGACCUCAAGGUUACAUCGCGGGUUAACGUAUGACAGGUCACGGUCGGUCUGUUUCUUUAUAAAUAUUAUGAAGAAGGCAUUUUUCGUCGUGCUCGGAUUCCCACUCCACUCACAAUCAUGCCAGAAGAGAAGCAUACGCCGACAAACCAGAAUAUCUCACCGACAGAGGAAGCUUUGGGCAACAUUUUCCAUGACUUGGAUCAUGGCGAGAUCAACGAGCUAGCUGUGGUCGCAGAAGGUGAAGAAAGGACGACUUGGUUCGUUUGGAUGUUGGUCUCGUGCUCGUCGAUUUCGGGAUUACUUUUUGGUUACGACACGGGAGUCAUAUCAGGCGCACUCGUUACGAUUGGUACUGACCUUCGUGGUGGAAUGUUGGAGUUGACCAAUGGGCAGAAAGAAUUCAUGACAUCAGCAACAACACUAGGCGCACUCAUUGGAGGCCUCGUGGCAGGCGUUCUUUCCGACUGGACAGGUCGGAAACCCGUUCUUGGUAUCGCAGACAUCGUUUUUAUAGGUGGUGCAAUUGCACAAGCGGUCUGUCAUGAUGUUUGGAGUAUGAUUGGAGGCCGUUUCCUCCUUGGUAUAGGCGUAGGCCUGGCAUCAUGCGUAGCUCCAUUAUACAUCCAAGAACUUUCACCCACACGUCUACGGGGUCGUAUGGUCGUAUUAAACGUAUGCGCCAUCACUCUAGGACAAGUAAUCGCCUACGCGAUCGGUGCUGCAUUCACGCAUGUACAUGGAGGGUGGAGAUGGAUGGUCGGCUUGGGUGCGGUACCAGCGGCGUUGCAGGCGGCGUUUUUGUUUUUCCUGCCUGAGAGUCCUCGUGUACUUAUUCGAAGAAGGGAAGUUGAAAGAGCUCGUGUGAUUAUGGCGAGGAUAUAUGCAUAUGCCAAACCCGAGGAGGUGGAUCUGAAGGUCAAAGUCCUCCAAGCCGCGGUUCAACAAAGUAUCGACAUCGCCAACAACACCACCUUCAUCCAACGUCUCCACUUGACCUUCUUCAAAGGCGUUAACCGUCGCGCACUCAUCGUCGGCUGCGGUCUCCAAGCCUUCCAACAACUGUGCGGUUUCAACACCUUGAUGUACUACUCCGCCACGUUAUUCAAACAAAUCGGUUUCGACCAGCCUACAGCCGUAGGCCUCAUCGUCGCAGGAACGAACUUUGUGUUUACACUCGUCGCGUUGAAGUAUAUCGAUAUCAUCGGGAGAAGAAGGAUCAUGGUUUGGACAUCACCGGGGAUGAUCGUUGGAUUAACAUUGGGUGCUGUUGCGUUUCAUUACCUGACGAAACAAACCGGUGGAGUGUUGGUCGAACACACGGCCUACCCACAGUCCUGGUCUGGAGUAGUUUUGUUCUCGAUGAUCUUCUUCGUGGCUUCCUACGCAACUGGGCUUGGGAAUGUACCGUGGCAGCAGGGGGAGCUAUUCCCGCUUGAAAUUCGAGGCAUAGGGACCUCUCUCUCAACAGCCACGAACUGGGCUGCCAACUUGCUGAUAGGCUCAACCUACCUCUCGCUCAUGGACAGCAUCACGCCAUCUGGAGCCUUUGGAUUUUACGCAGGUCUCUGUCUCCUCGGAUGGAUAUUCGUUUUGAUAUGUUUGCCCGAGACGGCCGGGCUGAGUUUGGAGGAGAUGGAGUUGAAGAAGGGGCGUAGGCGUGGACGUAGAGUUGAUCAUAAUGAGAGUGUGAGGGGAAGUCAGGAGGAGAAAGUCGGAGUUUGAGGCUUCCGACGAGUAGUUGUUAUGGUGAAAGGUCUCUACAGAGUUUUCAUGUAAUUGCUCUUCAAAGUAAAACAGAACUCUUUGUUUUGACUUGGACAAACUAACAG